AAGUGCUAUAAGCAAGUGUUACUGUUGCAAGGUUCAUAGGGGAAUACUUAAAUAUAUUAACAGUUUCCGUUAAAUAUUUUAUAUCUAAUAGUUUCAUCAAUACUCAAAAAUAACCAGAAGUUAUAUGUCACGGUCACCGUAUAUGAAUUCCUAUUAAUUAAAGCCCAUAAAUAGCCACACACAGAUCACUUUACUAAGCAGGGCGUGUAUAAGCAUGCAUAUUUGAUGAGUUGGGAUUGGAGAACAUGAUGCUAUCCAGGAGAUAUAAAGACAUUUAUAGAGUUGUUUGAGACUGGAAUUCAUUAUCUACAAUUUUGUGUUUAUUUCCACUAAGAUAAGAGUAUUUUCUAAUCUUUAACACUAUAAACAGGGCUUAUAUAAAUCAGUGCUGAACUAUAGGCACUAUAACAGUGUCGUGACCAGAUGCGGUAAGAGUUGGUAUGUAAACUAUGCCAUACGGCAGACGUGACAUAAAUGAACGAUGAUAACCACUGGAUUUACUUUAUCUAAAAGAGGAAAUAAAACUAUCUAAAAGAGGAAAUAAAAGGGAAAGAAACUAUCUGCAAUGAGAAUGAGGAAGAUGUCAUGUAGACCAAAGCUUGCAGUCGCUAUUUUCAUUAUCACUAUCAUUGUAUUUACACACAGAUUAAUAUUCACUUUAACAACAACAAUAGAUUCAAGCACUAAUGAUCAAACGAAACUCCAGGCAAUGAAAAAACUUGCUAAGGACGAAAGAUUAGCACAGGUAAAUAAAAUAUCAGCAAAAUUUGCACCAUUUUAUAAAAAACAAAUGCAAGAAACAUACCAGAAAAUGGACGAGUUACAGGACACAGUUAACAGUUUAAAGGUUGACGAAGUUGAAGAGACGGAACAAAAGCAGGACAUCAACAUUGAUAAGAAAAGCUACCUAAGAUACUUAAAGGCUGUAAAUAAAGCUGAUCUAGAAAAUCCAUUUGUUAAUCUUCACCAUUAUGAAUAUAUUCUUAACAACAAAAAAGCAUGCAACGGGAACGUGUUAGUUUUAGUUUUAAUUCAUAGUGAUCCUAGGAAAUACAAUGAACGACAAAUGAUCAGAGAGACAUGGGGAUCAGUGAGGUUUUACUCAGGGGCAAAUAUUGUGCCAUUGUUUCUUCUUGCAAAAGUAGCAGACAAAACUAUACAAGAUAAGAUUGUUGAAGAGAGCAAAACACAUCUUGAUGUAAUUCAAGGUAAUUUUCUAGAUUCAUAUAGAAAUCUGACGUAUAAAUGUGUAAUGGGCCUUCAUUGGGUUCAAAAUUAUUGUAAUAAUACUAAAUUUGUAGUUAAAGUGGACGAUGAUACAAUGAUCGACGUGUAUCAUUUAGUUCGUUUCCUGCUACAGAAAUCACCGGACGGUAAUCUAGAAAACUUCCUGUAUUGUUCUGUCUAUAGUAAUCAAGGUCCACGUAGGACCACAGAUGAUAAGUGGUACGUUUCAGAGAGCGAGUAUCCUUAUUCAAAAUAUCCACCAUACUGCGAGGGAUUUGCAUACAUCAUGUCUAAUGACGUCACCAAGAAGCUCUAUGAUGCGUCUAGAUAUGUGAAGUUCUAUUGGGUAGAUGAUGUAUAUGUAACAGGUUUUGCGGCUUUACAAGCCGGUGUUACACAGCGAAAGAUGGAGGCAAACCAUGGUUAUGACUUGAUGGAAGCUAGAAGUUUUUCUAAAAAUGUACAAACUAACAUGUUUCUCCUGGCAAAGUAUAGUCAUUUACGACGGAACUGGCAUGAUGCUUGGAACGCGAUAAAAUCUUAUCACAAAAAAGAAUGACAUUAACGUCCUAAUUAUGUUGUGUAUGUGUAAGAUCUAUAUAUGUGGAUUUUUAACUUAUUUUGCUAAUGGCAUGCAUAAGGAUCGGCCUAUGUUAAUUAAAAAGAUUAACAUAAAGUGUUGAGUCAAAGUAUAUAGGGGUCUGCAUGUAGCUUGACGUAUCACUUAAUCCAUGGAAUAUAUAGUUAGUUAACUUGUGUUCAGUGUUGAUUUGGUUUUUCUUCACCGGGCAAAAUUUUCAUAUACAUGUACUAAUUUGUUUUGCAUAUCAUUGUGUAGAUCUACGGGUACUAUUAUAAUCGUUAUAUACUUGUACUAAUGGUAUCUCAAGUGAAUUGUAUUAAUUGAUUAUAGAUCUCUUUCACACUUUUAGAGUGACAUAGGACUUACUCCAGGAACAAGUACAUUGUGAAUAUAAGAAAUUAACUCCACGAUCUACUUCUGAGUAUAAAGUAUAUACAUGAGAAAUAAUAUUUAAUAUGAAGACAUGUCUAUCUACAGACUUAGUUCCAUACUGAAUUAUAUCCGAAGUGUGGCGUCUAUAUGGACUAAUAAUAUCAAAUAAAAUGUAAGUUUAUA